AUGGUACGCCAAAAUCCAUCUAAGGGCUCCAAAGCUCUGUCCUCAGUAUUUACCACAUCUGCCAGCACCAAAGAUCAGUCCGAUGAGCAAACAACUCGCAUCCAAGAUUCUCCCGUCAAGACUGAUUCACCUACCUCGAAGGUAACGUCUAAUGGUCGCCCCAACAAGGAGCUACCUAUACCUCGAGGCAAUGCUACACACUUCUCGGGGGUUUCGAGAGUUUCGCAUGGGAGAAUGACACGCACGGGCUGGGUAGCUCUUACAGAAUUCAAUUUGUUCCCCAAACUGCCCUUGGAGCUACGUCGAAUGAUUUGGAACACCGCUUUGUCUCAUCCUCAGAUCCUUGGCAUCCCAAGUGCUACUUCUGCCAAUUUUGUUCCUGCCAAAAAAUACAACUCCAUCAGAAAUGUCUGCAAAGAAGCACGAGCAGAGGCUCUGAAAGUCCAAACGCUUUCUUGUUUCAACGACAUCAAGUGCGGAGUAAGCGGCAUAUAUUCGAAUAACAGCGUUGAUAUUCUCUGGAUACUCUCUGGAAGCGACGAUGAGCCAGGCUGCUUAGAGGGUCUCUGGGACUCGGGGCCAAAACUUGGCAGAAUUGCACUCCCAGCUAGUGAAUGGUAUCGUCAUCUGAUGUAUAAAGACAUUUACAAAUCGUUAUUCUCCUUUCUCGCCCAAAAGGGCGUGGAGGAGAUAUUCGUCAUUGUUGGCCCAGAGGAUGGGAGAUUGUGUGCCGACAAAGUUUUCACCGAGCCAUGUGGAUCUCCUCACACCGGUCUCCCUCAGCACAUUAUCGACUGGUUGGCCGCAAACAUGGAUCUAAAGGGCCUUGCUGAGGGAACUGCAUCCUGGGCUGAACUCAGUGAGUGCGAGACUAAGUCACAUAGGGACUUUCAGGAGGAAGUUCACAAGGAGAUACUGGAACUUGCCGAGAAUCUAGCAGGACUUGAUGAUUAUGACAAGCUUUUAGCGUUGCUGGGGCUGAUUCCCUCGGGACAUGUGAUCACACCAGACAUGUUGGACCUGACUGGUUCAGGUAGUACGAUCAGAAAGAUCACAUUUGUUGAAGUCAAGGACGCAUCAGUUCUCCGCAAUGACCGUCGUCAGAUACACCGCUCGCACUACUAG